GCUAUAUGCAUUAGAUGCAAAGCGUCCAACAAUUAGUAAAGAACUAUUCAAUCUUGCCCCCUCAUUUGCAGCAAGAUUUUCUUCAACUUGUCUAUCGUCUGAGAAACGUUGAAAACCAGCUUAGUUUUGUUGAAACAGCUCUUGAGUUGUCUAUAAAAUUUCCCAAAUGCCAUCGAUGGUUGAAGUGGUGGCUGCAACCUUCCGCCAGCAGCAUGAUUUUUUUUUUUAUACAAGAACAAGAUGAAAAGCUCUUUGUUCUCUCACCAAUGAGAACCUCGACUUCUGUAGAAGCAUCUCACAGCAUAUUAUAUUUGACAAUAAAUGAAAUUGCUCCUCUCUCGCUCGCAAUGAGACAGCUCUUGCAAAUUGCAAAGAAUGACCUGAAUUCACCAAAUUGCUACUACGAUUAUGGUAUUCUUGUCAGAUACAAAGGAUUAAAAGUCAACAGAAACAAGAAGAAGUAAGAACAAGAAGAACAAGAAGAACAAGAAGAACAAGAAGAACAAGAAGAACAAGAAGAACAAGAAGAACAAGAAGAA